CCACCACCCUCAAUGGAAUCAUCGGUCCCCUUGUACUCAUCAUCCUAUCUUUUGCUCCUACUUCUCCCAUCCCUCUCCCUCCUCCUUCCUCCUCCACAAGCAACAGCUUCUCCACUAUCCGAGGCCACAGCUCUCCUCCACUGGAAAUCCACUCUCCAAGACCCCUCACGAGCUCUCCGCUCAUGGGCCGCCCUCCACAACUCCACCACCACCUCCCCAUGCUCAUGGCUCGGCAUCACAUGCACCAGCUCCCGCAUCACCAAGCUCAGCCUCCCGCGAGCCGGCCUUGUCGGCACCCUCGACGCCCUCGAUUUCUCCGCCCUUCCCUCCCUCGCCGUGCUCAACCUCCGUCGCAACUUCCUCGCCGGCGCCAUCCCUGCGGCCGUCGCCAACCUCUCGGGCCUCGUCUCGCUCGACCUCUCCCACAACCGCCUCUCUGGCGGCCUCCCCGCCUCGCUCGCCACCCUCUCCCUCCUCGUAAAACUCGACCUCUCUGCUAACGAGCUCACCGGAAAAAUCAUUCCAGCCCUCUUCGCCAAUUGGACUAGACUCACCUACCUUCAACUCCAACAAAAUCAGCUCACUGGAAACAUCCCGACCGAAAUCCGCCACCUUUCUAAUCUCCGUAUCCUUCGUCUAUUUGACAACCAACUACGUGGCUCCAUACCUCGUGAACUAGGCGAUCUCAGGAGUUUGGUCCAACUAGAUUUGAAUUCCAACAACCUCACCGGCUCCAUUCCUCGAUCCCUAGGCAACCUAACAAGGCUGGCCAUACUGCGUCUCUCUUAUAACCAAAUCUCCGGCAACCUUCCUCAUGAACUAGGCAACUUGUCCAACCUUGGCGUCUUGUCCCUGUUCACAAACCAGCUCUCCGGACCCAUCCCUCAUGAGAUAGGGGGCCUCCAAAGCCUCGAGCUGCUUGGCCUGAGCCAAAACAGACUCACCGGUCCCAUUCCGCCGUCCAUCGGCAAUCUGAGCCAGCUGUUUAUUUUGUAUGUAAACCAAAACCAGAUCUCCGGUGGGCUUCCACCAGAGCUGGGAAAGCUUGCGAAUUUAGAAAAUGUGCAUUUCGCAUAUAAUCUUCUGACAGGUUCCAUUCCUUCCAGCUUAGGAAACUUGACCCAGCUAAACCACUUGUACCUCCUAUUCAAUCAAUUAACUGUUUCCAAAAGUUGA